AGCUGUAAAAGCACAGCCGAGCCAAAAAUGUGCUCAAAAGCACGCCCAGCCCUUCUCAUACCCCAUCUUAUUCCAUCCCAUUCCCCAGAAGUCCACCAUGCUAAGCGGCAAAAGCGGCCUCUGAUGCCCAAAUCAUUUCAUCCGGCUGGCUAAAGGAGAGAUAAGUGGUAGCUAGCAUAGGACGCCCCUCCCAAGUUAUCCUCUUGGCCCGGCUAAAUCUUGCAUUCCUCAACUUGCUCGCCGGAUUCUUGCAUUCCCCCGCAAGCUUCUUCGGUCGCCGCAUCGCGCCGAGGGCUGGCGGUUCGCCGGCGCUGAUUGGUCUCUGCGCAUUGUUUAAGCUCAGCCAGGUUUCUUUUUCUCUUGUUCGAAUGCUGGUAUUUAAGGUGAGGGGGAGCUUUGCAAGAAAGGAAUGGCUUGGAUGGGUUUAGUAGCAUGAGGUGGUAGUGGGAGAGAGAGCAGAGACUAGAAGCUUGCCCUGUCCAUUCAUCUUCUCCUUCUGCCAUUGCCGGCAUACGUAGGCGCGUCGAUCAAUCUUGCUUCGGUUUGAUCUUUUGCUGCUCAAGAGGUUCAGUUCAGUUGCUUGCUCUUUAUCUUCUUGGAAGUGCUUGCUCUGUUCCUGCUGAGGGCAGAUUUGAUAGACAAGCAUCAAUGCUACUGUUUGGAAGAAAAAGACUGCUCCCUGCAGUGUCUGGCUGUGUGAUUCUCUUGCUUGCAAGCUCAAUCCAUGGCGCUUCAGAUAGCCUGGAGGGUCUGAACCAAAGCUACAAGAGCGUUCAGCCAUUGGAGCUGACGCCCAAACUGUCGCUGCAGCUCAAGCUCCACGCCUUCCUCCUCUGGUCGUCCGUCGGCUUCCUGAUGCCGAUCGGCGUGCUGCUGAUCAGGUUCUCGAGCAACGUGAAGAGCGCCAAGGCCGUCAGGGUCCUCUUCUACUGCCACGUCGCCGCGCAGGUCGCCGGCGUGGCCCUGGCCACCGCCGCGGCGGCGCUGUCGAUCACCAACUUCGAGAACGCGUUCAACAACACCCACCAGCGGAUCGGGGUCGCCCUCUACGGCCUCGUCUGGCUCCAGCCGCUCAUCGGCUUCCUCAGGCCCGACAGGGGCGUGAAGGCUCGGAGCGUGUGGUACCUGGCGCACUGGCUGCUGGGGGUGGUGGUGUGCGUCGCCGGGGUGGCCAACGUCUACAUCGGCCUCCACACGUACCGGGAGAGGACGGGGAGGAGCGUCGGGCUCUGGACGGCGCUCCUCACCGCCGAGGUCUCCGCCGUGGCGCUCGCCUACCUCCUCCAGGACAGGUGGAACCACAUCGUCCGGCAAGAAGAGGCGGCCACUGGCGAGGAGCGGCGGUCGGAGACGGGGACGUCGGAGGAGCCGUCGUACCCGGCCAACGACCACAAGGAGGUGGCCGUGAUGCCGUAGCAUGGCGAUAUAUGGGAGCUUCGCUUGGGCAAAACGCAACACCGAUUCUGUACAGUUCAUGUGUCUUGGUAACUUGUUAGCUGAAGCUGCAGAUUGAACAGCUUUUCAGUGAGAGUAGAUAGAAAAUAACUCUCGCUGGUGCAUGAUCAAUUAACAGGAGAUUUAUAUGCAGUACCAAUAUGAUGAGACAUUCCAGGAACCACAA